AUGAGCACUUUGCAAGCAUUGGUUGAUGAAUUUGACAAACUACGAUUAGAGAAUCCAUAUGAUAGUGGGGUAUACGAUAAAGUAUUGGGUGCACUAGCAGCGUUUCCAGAAGAAAAUGCACAUGCUGUAGACAAGGUGUAUCACAGCAAAAUUAAACAAUUUAGAUUGACCCAAUCUGAACUCAACCACUGGCUUUCAACUAUAAGAUCAAUUGGCGAUAUUGAGGAAAGAUACAGUUUGGAAUAUGAAUUUUAUAACAGUGUUAUUGAUGACUAUACUGUUGUUCCCAUCUUGCAAUCUUUCCUUGCGUUGGCCAGACAUCUACUCAAUAGCGAAGAGAUUCUGGAAAAUGACUAUCGUGCAGCAUUAUCCAAGGCACUUUCAGUGUGCUCGUAUGAUUUCGAAAAGGGAAACAAUGUUUGGAGAAUUGUACUUGACCAUUUUGAACAAGUAUUUGUGCUGUCAAGAAAAGAUGGUGAUUUGCAAAUACUCAUUAAAUUGCAUCACAAGAGGCUCAGUUACCCACAUGCAGAAAUAGAAAAGUCCUUCCAAGAGCUCUCCAACUUUAUAAGCAACUAUGCACGCGAACAGUAUGAAGAACAAAUGAGUCUCGCAAAUGAGAUUUACAAAAACUCGCUAGCGCGAAUGAAGUACUACGAAGAAUACGAAAGGCAGAUACAAAAUAAUCCUGGAGAAAGUUCUGUAUGGAUUAAUUAUAUGGAGGGCGUUUAUAAACACCAAAGGGAAAAUUUGAAUGCUGUUUUGGCAAUCUUUGAACGUUCAAUCCAAAGCGAUGUUGCAUACCUUUCCAAAUGGCAAGAAGUCUGGUUAAGCUUUAUUGAUAUCUUGUAUACCGCAAAUGAUUCAAAGCUUCUCAACACCAUAUUGUCGAAAUUCGUCCGUUCUUUCCCCAACUCGUGUCAUACCUAUUGCGAAAGCAUCCGUAAUUGUGAUUUGUCAACUAAAGAUGGUCAAAAAAAGCUUGAAGUUUUGUCACAACGAAUAUCUGCCAUUGACUUGAAAAAUAACUCAGCCUAUAAGGAAUGGAAACUAGUGGCUGAAGCUACACUUCACACAAAAUUUCAAGCGCUUCUACAGUCUACUGCUCUCAUUGAGUUACAUGACUUUAUGAAUGAAGUCUCUUCUUUUUUUGAUUUUGCCUUGAACAGCAAUGAUCAUGGUCAUCACGGUGUAGAGAAAUUGGCAAUUUCAAUAUGCAUAAAGCUUGGCAAAGAUAUAAAAGCAAUUGAGUUUCUUGAAAAAUUGUAUAAAAAAUUUGCAAGUGAAGCUAGUGUUUGGUUGUAUGCAGUGAAAGUGUCUACUGAUGUCGGAAGGGAACACGAAUAUGUUAGACAAUUAUUUAAAACGGCUUUACAAACAGAUUCUUUGGAUGAUCUGCAAAGGGUUAUCGAUGAAUGGUUGCUUUUUGAAGAACUAAAUGGCGAUAUGGCUUCUUACAACGAGGCAUUGGUGACGUGUAGAAAAAUCCAAUGCUUCGGAAAAGGAGUCAUGACAUUUUCUGCUGAAUUUACUAGGUCCCGGGAAGAAUAUACAGUUGAGGUUAGAAAUUUGCCUUUAAAUGCCACAGAGGAUGAUGUGAAAAGUCUUUUCCAUGAUUGUGGAGAAAUAAAGGAGUUGACUAUUGUGGAUGUCCAAGGUGAUCGACAUGCUUUGGUUGAAUUCACAAAUGAAUUACAAGUGUUUCUGGCAUUAACCAGGGGCCAUAAACGUCUUGGAAACAAUGAUCUAAUUAUUGCACAAGCACAAAAGAGCUUGGUCCAAUCUGAGGUUCGCAAAAUGUUUGAGCUGGUAGGUCCACUUGUUAGUUGCAGAUUUCCAUCGCAAAUCAAGAAUAAGAUUAGACGCUUUUGUUAUAUCCAGUUCCUCAAUGCCAACGAUGCUCUGCGAUGUGUUGCGAUCUAUAACGGUCAAAAGUAUUGGGAUGAAAAUUUGAAGCGUGAGUUGGCGUGGGAGGUUAAAUUUUCACGGCCACAGGAACGCAAAACGCGUUCGGUUCCUAUAUCUGAGCGAAAAAUCCGCAUAACGAAUAUAGCGUUUUCUAUUACCGAAGAUGAAUUGAAAAAUGAAUUUUCGAGUUGCGGAGAAGUGGAGCUGGUGGUUUUACCGCGUGCAGUAUUUGAUACCAAAAAUAAACGGAUGAAACAAAAUGGUGGGAUUGCCAUUAUUGCAUUUCGUGAUGCUCGAAGUGUCGAAACUGCUUUAGAAAAAGAUGGAAUGGAAUUGAAAGGUAGACCUAUUAAUGUUGCAAAACAACAAAUCAAUCUUACACCGGCCGAUUUCAAUCCGCUUCGUUCCAUCGGUUUGGUUGGUGUUAGUUCGACUUUAAAUAAUUUCCAGAUAAAAAACGUACUUGAACAAGCAGCCGGUGCAGUUUCAAAGGUACUCUUGUUGCCAGAGCACGAGGCUGCUUUGAUAGAGUUUAGCUCAGUGAAUGAUUCUGGUAAGGUUGCUUUGAGUGGGAACUCGUUAAUCAUUGAAGGCAACGAGAUCACGAUUGGAACAAAAGAAGAUAUUCUCAGUCUCAUUGGUAACACCAAAACUACAAACCAACUGGUCGAAAGUGAUCAACGUCCUCUAAUGCCGACCUCAAUCAAGCGUAGAAGAGUAUAA